CACAGCCCCAGCCAGGCUCGCACGCACGCACCUCUCGACCAUCCGGAGCUGGGCGGGAGCCGGCUCCCCCAGGGCGCAGUGAGGCGGGCCCGGGGGCCCACACAGACACACACUCACACAUACAGUAACACACAGACACACACAUAGACACAGACACACACACACAGAGCCCCAGCCAGGCUCGCACGCACGCACCUCUCGACCAUCCGGAGCCGGGCAGGAGCCGGCUCCCCCAGGGCGCAGUGAGGCGGGGACGGACCCACACAGACACACACAGACACACACAGGCACACACAGACACACACACAAAGAAGCCCCCCGGCCCCGGCCGGUGUCCGGGCGGCGAUGGCGGGCGAAGCGCGGUGAUGAGCCUCGCAUCGGCGGGCGGAGGGUCCAGGAGUCCGGCUCAGCCCGGACCCCGAGGUGGCCUCAGCCCGGACAGAGUGGAAAGAUGUAUGAGCUCCAUGCAGGCGGGCACUCAGCUGGUCAAGCUGCGGGGCGGCUCCAAGGGCCUGGUCCGCUUCUACUACCUGGACGAGCACAAGUCCUGCAUCCGCUGGAGGCCGUCGCGGAAGAACGAGAAGGCAAAAAUCUCCAUCGAUUCCCUCCAGGAGGUGUGUGAGGGGAAACAGUCAGAGAUCUUCCAGCGCUAUGGCGAUGGGAGCUUCGACCCCAACUGCUGCUUCAGCAUCUACUAUGGGGACCACAUGGAGUCCCUGGACCUGGUCUCCUCCAGCAGCGAGGAGGCUCGCACCUGGAUCACGGGGCUCAGGUACCUGAUGGCGGGCAUCAGCGACGAGGACAGUCUGUCCAAGCGCCAGAGGACGAGGGACCAGUGGCUGAAGCAGACGUUCGACGAGGCGGACAAGAAUGGGGACGGGAGCCUGAGUAUCAGCGAGGUCCUGCAGCUGAUGCACAAGCUGAACGUCAACCUGCCGCGCCAGAAGGUCAAGCAGAUGUUCAAGGAGGCUGAUACGGAUGCCAACCAGGGCACGCUGGGCUUCGAUGAGUUCUGUGCCUUUUACAAGAUGAUGUCCACCCGGCGGGACCUGUACCUGCUGCUGCUCACCUACAGCAACCACAAAGACCACUUGGAUGCUGAAGAUCUGAAGCGCUUCUUGGAGGUGGAGCAGAAGAUGACGAAUGUGACAAAGGAAUCGUGCCUGGAGGUGGUCAGCCAGUUCGAGCCAUGCCCGCAGAACCGACGGAAGGGGGCAUUGGGAAUCGAUGGUUUCACCAACUACGCCCGGAGCCCCGCGGGGGACAUCUUCAACCCCGAGCAUCGCCACGUGAACCAGGACAUGUCCCUGCCUCUCAGCCACUAUUUCAUCACAUCUUCCCACAAUACCUACCUCAUGGGGGACCAGCUUAUGUCCCAGUCCCGGGCUGACAUGUACGCCUGGGUCCUGCAGUCCGGCUGCCGCUGCGUGGAAGUGGACUGCUGGGACGGACCAGACGGAGAACCCAUCGUGCACCACGGCUACACGUUGACCUCCAAGAUCCUGUUUAAGGACGUCAUUGAAACCAUUAACAAAUACGCCUUCGUCAAGAACGACUAUCCUGUGAUCCUGUCCCUGGAGAACCACUGCAGUGUCCUGCAGCAGAAAAAGAUGGCCCAGUACCUCACCGACAUCCUGGGCGAUAAGCUGACCCUGCCGGCCGUAAGCGGGGAGGAUGCCACUCAGCUCCCCUCACCCGAGACGCUGAAGGGGAAGAUCCUCGUCAAGGGAAAAAAGCUUCCGGCCACCAUCAGUGAGGAUGCGGAGGAAGGGGACGUUUCGGACGAGGACAGCGCCGAUGAGAUCGAUGAAGACUGCAAGCUGGUGAACGGAGAUUGGAAGGCUUCCACCAAUCGGAAGCGAGUAGAGAACAUCGCCAAGAAGAAGCUUGACUCGCUGAUAAAGGAAUCCAAAAUCCGCGACUGUGAGGACCCCAAUAAUUUUACCGUUUCCACUCUGCCACCUACUGGGAAACUCGGCCAGAGAGCGGAAGCCAACAAGAAAUGUGGGCAUCUGGGAGUCUCUAUGGCAGAGAGAGCCACGAGUAAAACUGAAGACGACCUGGAGUCCGGAGAAGACUCGGGAGCCAGCAAGCGGCCCGCCCGUUCGAUCAUGGGCAGCUUCUCUAAGCGCAAGAAGAAAGCAGGGAAGCUGAAGAAGACGUCGAGCUUGGAAGAAGGCGAGGAAGACCGGGACAGCCAGGGGAGUCAAGCUCGGGGGACGAGCCGGCAGAAGAAGACCAUGAAGCUCUCCCGGGCCCUCUCGGACCUAGUGAAAUACACCAAGUCGGUCGGCAUCCACGACGUGGAAACGGAGAUCUCCUGCAGCUGGCAGGUGUCUUCGUUCAGCGAGACCCGGGCCCACCAGAUCCUGCAGCAGAAACCCGCCCACUACCUCCGCUUCAACCAGCACCAGCUGUCCCGGGUCUACCCGUCUUCCUAUCGUGUGGACUCCAGCAACUACAACCCGCAACCUUUUUGGAAUGCCGGGUGCCAGAUGGUCGCCCUCAACUACCAGUCAGAAGGCAGGAUGCUUCAGCUGAACCGGGCCAAGUUCAGUGCCAACGGGAACUGUGGUUACGUUCUCAAACCCAAGUGCAUGUGUCAAGGGAUCUUCAAUCCCAACUCAGAGGAUCCACUGCCCGGGCAGCUGAAGAAGCAGUUAGUGUUGCGGAUUAUCAGUGGGCAGCAGCUGCCCAAGCCUCGGGACUCCAUGCUGGGGGACCGUGGAGAGAUCAUCGAUCCCUUUGUUGAGGUUGAGAUCAUCGGCCUGCCGGUGGACUGCAGUAAGGAGCAGACUCGCGUUGUCGACGAUAAUGGCUUCAACCCAAUGUGGGAGGAGACCCUGGUGUUCAUCGUGCACAUGCCUGAGAUCGCUCUGGUCCGCUUCCUGGUGUGGGACCAUGACCCCAUUGGCCGCGACUUCAUCGGGCAGAGGACGCUCGCCUUCAGCAGUAUGAUGCCAGGCUACCGGCACGUCUACCUGGAGGGGAUGGAAGAGGCGUCCAUCUUCGUUCAUGUAGCAGUCAAUGACAUCUGUGGUAAGGCCAAGCAGGCCCUGGGCCUAAAAGGGCUGUUCCUCAGAAAUCCAAAGCAAACCUCUCUCGACAGUCCUGCUGCUGGCCAGCCCCAUCACAGGCGCACUAUUAACAGCCACCUCCUCCGGCGGACGGCCAGCGCGCCCGCCAAGAGCCAGAAGAAGGACAAGAAGGGGUCCCCAGAGACCGCCUUGGACGCCAGAGAGCCCAGCACCGACGGGGCCGACCACGGCUCCGACCAGGCCUCGGUCCCACGCUUCGACGCGGACCCCGAGGGCCCGGCUCCCGAGGCCCCCACCGUGGGGGCCAGCAGAGGGGUCAAAGGUAAGGCCUUGGGUCCAGGGGAGGGCCCUGCCCUGACCGAGCCCCCGCCCCGGUUUGCUGACCAGGGCCAGGGCUGGGGGGCACCGAACGAGGGGCCCGACGGCCCGGCCCCCUGCGCUUUGGACAGCUGCGGGCGCAUCAGCCUGGCCGGCCACUGCAUUAGAUGCGUGAUCGGAUGUGGCGACGGCCCAGACCAGGACUGCAGGUGGAGCGAGCUGAAGGUCGGACCUGGGGCCGGACCGGAGGCCGGGGAGGUUGGGCAGGGCGCUGAGAGGCAGGAGCCCCAGCCCCGGGGAAUCCACCAGCAGCCCGAGCGGCUGGCAGACUGGCCGGCUCGCCCACCCGGGCCCCUCGCCACCAGCCCCCCACCAGGCCCACGCCCGGGCAAGAAGAGCAGCGACUCCGGAGGCCCGGUGGGGCGAGGCUCCCUGCGGCCCCGGUGGCCGGGCCCACCCGCCGGUCGGUUCGGCAGCACCAUCAACUUGGUGGUGGGUGGCGGCUGUGGCUCCGUCUCCUCCGACUCCAGCAGCGUGGAAAGUCUGGGGGGCCCCCAGCCCCCGCCGGGCUGGCCUGAGAAUUCCCGAAGGCAAGCGGGGACCCUUCAGAGGGAAAUGAACGCCUUGUUCAUUCAAAAACUGGAGGAGAUUCGAAGUAAAUCCCCUCUGUUCUUUGCUGUUAAGCAAUGAUGGACCAGGAAGCGGCAGAUGCCCGCCGGUUCUCCAUGCACAAGUCCGUCACCUCCCUGUGCAGCCUGGAGACCAUCACGGAG